AUGUCGAUCGUCCCGAACGCGAACCCCUUCCAGGAUUCCCCUUUCAGGGCCCUUUCUGCCUCCGCCCUCGCAGGCGGCGCCUCUUUUCUGGGAGGGAAGUUCGAGUGGGAGGAGACGGCGGAUGCGCACGUGCUGAAGGGCAACGUGCCGGGGCUGAGGAGGGAGGAAGUGAAGGUGGAGGUGGAAGACGGGAGCGUCCUUCAGGUGAGCGGAGAGAGGGUGUUAGAGAGACAAGAGGAGGGCCAAGCCAGCCACCGGGUCCAGCGGAGCAGGUCCAAGUUCAGAAAAUGUUUCACACUCCCUGCCAACGCCCAACCUGAUAACAUCAUGGCCUCCAUCGAAGACGGGAUUCUCAUCAUCACUCUACCCAAGCUCAACCCUCCCAUGCCCAUCCACAACUGA